GCUGAUCCCGCUGCGGUGCGAGGCGACGAUGGCGGCUCCGGGAGCCGCGUCCAUAGUCGGGUCCCCGGUUCGGCUGGUCCAGUACGUGGUGGUCCGCUCCGACCUGCUGCACCAGCUGGCGUGGCCCGUGGGCGCCGUGAUGACGCAGGCCUGCCACGCCGCCACGGCCGCCAUUCACCUGAGCUACGAGGACCCGCACACGCAGCAGUACCUGGCGGAGCUGGACGCCAUGCACAAGGUGCUGCUGGGGGCUCCAGAUGAGGCGGCCCUCUCCGGUCUCUCGGACAGCCUCACCCAGGCCGGGGUUUCCCACAAGCUGUGGAUCGAGCAGCCCGAGAACAUCCCCACGUGUUUGGCAUUGAAGCCUUAUCCCAAAGAGACGGUGCAGCCGCUGCUGCGGAAGUUCAAGCUCUUCAAAUGACCUCUGGUGCUGGUGCUGGUGCUGAUGCUGAUGCUGAUGCUGAGGAUGAGGAUGAGGAUG